AUGCCCAAGUCUGAUCCUCCUCCUCGUCAGAGCAACUUCCGAUCUAAUCCGUACGGAACUUGGAUCUCUCCCGGCUUUACUAGCCAAAGCAACUAUUACCCAAGUCCCACCUCCUCUCGCUUUGACGACCCGCCUUUCGGUAUGCAGCCGCGCGCAUGGGGCCCUCCGUCUUUGGGCUCUCCCGAGGGCUAUGAUGUGAUCAUCCCUCCUCCUGAGUUGACCCGUGACCAGCGCGUGGUCCCCGCUCCUCCGCCUCCUCCAUGCGGCUCUGAGACUACUGAGAAACGCUCUCAAGGUGGUCUUUUUGGGGAUCCUCCGACCUCUGUCGCGGCAGAGAAGCCAGGAACCCAAGAGUUCCAACCUGUGCCAGACUUCAAACCUGCUCAGGAAUCCAAGCCCGCUCAGGAAUCCAAGCCCGCUCAGGAAUUCAAGCUCGCUCAGGAAUUCAAGUCCUCUCAGGAACUCAAGCCCGCCAAGGAGUUCCGGUCCCCGCAGACCCAGCCGGUCCCGAGGCAGAAGCAGCCUCUGAAGCGAGUUGACAGCAUGGUUCUUCAGGCUGUGACUCGCAACAGCCGUCGGGGCAAGGAGAUCCCCGACCUACGUGUCAUUAUUGCCAAGGCGAUCUCCUUCAAUGUCGAUGAUGAGGAAGCGCUGCUCAAGGCUUAUCGCCACGUCAAGGUGAUGAACCCUUCCGCUCCUGUUGGAGGCAUCAUGUUCAGCAUCGGCGCAAGGGGCGACGCCAGUCAGGUUGACACCAUCAGCUGGGACUCUUUCACUGGUCGUUCUGGUCUUGGCAGGAGCUUCUCCAUGAACUUGAAUGGUGACAAGGUCGAGGUCUUUCGCCCCCGACGCUAA